AUGUCCGGACGUGGAAAGGGAGGAAAAGCCAAGACCGGCGGAAAGGCCAAAUCGCGUUCGUCGCGUGCUGGGCUCCAGUUCCCAGUCGGUCGACUUCACCGUCUUCUUCGCAAAGGAAACUACGCUCAACGCGUUGGUGCUGGAGCCCCAGUUAGUUUUUUCUUUCUUUCAAUUUCAUUCUCUAAAUACACGGUGUAUCCCAUUCCACGCUAGUUUUUCGCGUUUUUUUUUUGCUAGAAAGACCUUAUACCAAGUUAGCUCAAAUUCGACCCACUUCAAGUCCAUUGUUUUAGAUUUUUUUUUUUUUUAAAGUUUACUGUUUUUUCAAAAUAGGGCCGUCUCGCGCGGUACGAAGCAGUAGAUAUGAUUUUGUUUUGCAGGUCUACUUGGCUGCUGUGCUCGAGUACCUCGCCGCCGAAGUUCUGGAGUUGGCCGGCAACGCCGCUCGUGAUAACAAGAAGACGCGUAUCAAUCCGCGUCAUUUGCAGCUCGCUGUCCGUAACGACGAAGAACUAAACAAGCUGUUGAGCGGCGUGACCAUCGCUCAAGGAGGUGUUCUUCCUAACAUCCAGGCCAGCCUUCUGCCCAAGAAGACUGCCGGAGACAAGGAAUAA